GGUGGCGGUAAUGCAACAUGCAUUGGAUGCCAACCGCCGUUAAACCUCACAGAAGAAGAAAUACUAGAACUGAGCUGUGAAGACGAUAGCUUUUGUAUCCGUUUCAAAUGCAUUACUACAGGACGACUUGAAUUAAGUCUGAGGCCGGUAACAUCAACAGUGAGGACAAACCCAGCCUGCCACUCUCCUUCCACACUGUGUCCAAACCUACAGUCACUGGGUCCUGAUUGUGACAGUGGAGUCCAGUUUGCACUGCAGGAUCCAGAGAUGGCAUCAGUGAAGCUGGAAGACUGCAGUCAAACACUGGAACUGAAUGUCAACAUUAAAGAUGAAGAAGAGGAGGAGAAGAUUGGAACAUCUGUUUCUCAUGGAGACCACGUUGAGACAUUCCCUGCAUCCAGACAACAACAGCAGGAAGAUCACAGAGCUAAGAGGUCUCACCACUGCCCACAUUGUGUGGAGAUUUUUCCAUUUCUAUCAAAGCUAAAAGUACACCUAAAAAUACACACAGGAGAGAAGCCUUACUCCUGCUCUGACUGUGGGGUGAGAUUCUCUCGACUGGAUACCUUAAAAACACACCAACGUAUACAUACAGGAGAGAAGCCUUAUUCCUGCUCUGACUGUGGGGAGAGAUUCUCUCAAAUGAGCAGCUUAAAAGCACACAAACAAGUACAUACUGGAGAGAAGCCUUACUCCUGCUCUGAUUGUGGGAAGUGUUUCUCCCGAUCGGAUACCUUGAAAUCACAUGAACGUAUACAUACAGGAGAGAAGCCUUACUCCUGCUCUGACUGUGGAAAAAGUUUCUCCCGAUUGGAUAACUUAAAAUCACAUGAACGUGUACAUACAGGAGAGAAACCUUACUCCUGCCCUGACUGUGUAAAAUGCUUUAAAACAUCAACUGAGCUAAAAGUACAUCAGAGAACACACACAGGAGAGAGGCGUUACUACUGCUCUGACUGUGCAAAAUGUUUUAAAACAUCAACUGAGCUAAAACUUCAUCAGAGAACACAUACAGGAGAGAAGCCUUACUUCUGCUCUGACUGUGGAAAGAGUUUCUCCAGAUUGGAUACCUUAAAAACACAUGAACGUAUACAUACAGGAGAAAACCCUUACUCCUGCUCUGACUGUGUAAAAUGCUUCAAAACAUCAACUGAGCUCAAAGUUCAUCAGAAAACACACACAGGAGAGAAGCCUUAUUACUGCUCAGUCUGUGGAAAAUGUUUUAAAACAUCAAAUGAGCUAAAAGUUCACCAGAGAACACACACAGGAGAGAAGCCUUACGUCUGCUCUAACUGUGGGAAGAGUUUCUCUCACCAGAGCAACUUAAAAACACACCAACGUAUACAUUAACUUCAUGUGGGUACCUGGGACGGUUGCGUCCCACCUGGUCAACAUCGGUGAAAUUGCAGAGUGACCGAUUCAAAUUUAAUUACUAUAAAUAUUUACAUUUCAUGAAAUCACAAGUGUAAUACAUCAAAAUAAUGGCACUUCCUGGAUGGAUUUUCCUCAUGUUUUUGCCUGCCUUUUCAGUUCUGUUAUACUCACAGACAAUAUUUUUAAGUUUUAGAAACUUUGGAGUGUUGUCUUUCAAAUUCUACUAAUUGUAUGCAUUUCCUAGCUUCUGGUCCUGAGUAGCAGGCAGUUUACUUUGGGAACGCUUUUAAUCUGGAGGUGAAAAUAGUGACCCCUACCCUAGUGAGGUUAAGGAGAAGAGCCUCAUCAGUUCUCUGACCAGCUAAGAAUAAAGUCACUCCAUCACUUAAUUCUCAUCUCAUAAAAUAAGUUGUAACGUUGAAUUGGAUCAAAUGAAGAAAGCGGAGAACACUGUAAUCCUAUUGGUUCUCACUGUGAGAGAACUGUGCAGAGGAAAGGGAGCGUUAUAGAAUGUUAGCCUCUCUUUACUUUACCAAUCAGUGUGCACCUUGUCAGUUUUAGUGUGUUUUGUUUUGUUAGCUUCUACUGUAAAGAUUUGCACUUGGUGUUGAAUACCCUCUGUUAUUCUUCUCAUUUUGAAAUAAAACAGUCUGCCAAUUGACUGGGUGGUACUGCUUCCCUCUCAGUCUGCUCUGUCUCUGUCUGUGGGGAGAGUUUCAACUGGGCAGCUUAAAAACACACCAACGUUUACACGUAGGAGAGAAGCCUUACUCCUGCUCUGUGGAAGGAUGGGCGUGUAACUCAAACGUCAUGCCAAAGGUUGAGUUUUUGAAUCUCAUCACAGAGAAUUUUAGCUAAUUAGCAACUUUGCAACUACUUACUAAUUUUUAGCUAUGUCAGCAUGUUAGCUAACCUUUCCCCUAAAACCAUUUAACCCCUCACCCCUAACCUAGCUAACGUUGGCAACAACAAAUUGGAAUUCGUAACAUAUCUUACAUAUUACAAGUUCGUAACAUAUUGUAUGAAUAGCAAUGCGUAAAAUAACAUAUGAAUUGUAAUUCUUAACAUACGAUACAUCCUUCAAGUCGUAUUGUACUGAACAACAAUCUAAACGUAACAAUUUCAAAGAUUUACAGUUUGUGUAAGGAAAUCAGUCAAUAAAAAUAAAUGAGGCCCUAAUCUAUGGAUAUUAUAUGACUGGGCAGAGGCUCAGCCAUGGGUGGGACUUGGGAGGUCAUAGCCCCACUUGGGAGCCAGGUCCAGCCAAUCAGAAUGAGUUUUUCCCCACAAAAGGUCUUUAUUACAGACAGAAAUACUACUCAGCCCCCCUCAGACAAUCCUGCAGGUGAAGAGGUCCUGGGCUGCCGUGGUUACAUGUGAUCUGCAGUUGUGAGGCCAGUUGGAUGUACUGCCAAAUUCUCUAAAAGGACAUUAGAGGUGUCUUAUGGUAGAGAUGUAAAUAUUGAGUUCUCUGGCAACAGCUCUGGUGGACAUUCCUGCAGUCAUCAUGAGAAAUGCACAUUCCCUGAACUUGAGACAUCUGUGACAUUGUGUUGUGUGGCAUUUUAUUGUCCCCAACACAAGGUACACCUGUGUAAUGAUCAUGCUGUUUUAUCAGCUUCUUGAUAAUCUAUACCUGACAGGUGUGGCAUAUCUUGACAAAGGCUAAAAUGCUCACUAACAGGGACAUAAACAAUUUUGUGGAACGUAACAUACUAAAUGGAGUGGCACGGAUGUUUUUGUAACAUAAAAUACAUUUUGCUCUGAGACCAGGUUGUCCCUCGGAAGGAGUUAGUAGACGCUUAAAAAAAAUGUUUGAACCUUUAUUGAACUAGGCAAGUCAGUUAAGAACAAAUUCUUAUUUACAAUGAUGGCCUAGGAACAGUGGAUUAACUGCCUUGUUCAGAGGUAGAACAACAGAUUUUUACCUUGUCAGCUCAGGGAUUCAAUCAAGCAACCUUUUGGUUACUGACCCAACGCUCUAACCACUAGGCUACCUUCCGCCCCUAACAUGUAUCAGAUAGAGAUUAUCACUUUUCACCACUAGUUUGGGGGGGGGGUGUUUUACAACUUUAUUUAAUGAUACACAGUUUAUGAAAUGAAUACGUGUGUUUAUUAAUUGUCUUUAAAACUAGAUUAGUUAUUUUAGUUACUGAUCAUGAAUGUGUUUGGAAAACUGCAUUGAAGCAAACUUUAUUGAUCUGCCAAUGAAAAAUAAAGUUACAUGAAUAUGUA